AUUCAAAAUGUGUUAAUUGAACACCCCAUUUGCGUAUUAACCGACAGUAAAAUUAACUUUCUUCGAGCUAGCAAAAUAAUCCGGAAAAAUGUUGUGCAGGUUAUGUAUGGUCGACGAUAACAACUAUCAAAAGAUAGAAGGUGCUAUUUGUGAUAUGUUAAGGGCUGUAUUGCGGAAAAAUUGUAUAGAAGUAAAUAAUCCAGUACUAUGCUCUAAUUGUGUUAUAAAAUUGGAAAAAGCAUUCGAAUUUAAGACUACUUGCCUCCGUACGCAGAAAAUAUUAUCUCUGUAUGGUGGCAGCAACAAUAAAAUUGUGUAUAUUAGAGAUAACAAAUUAUGUUUGUCACCUAAAAAUGAUUCAACAUUGAAGCUGUGCAGAACUUGUUUGAAGCUCAUUGAACAAGGUUUUUGCAGUAAUUUAUUGACGAAAUACGAUAUAUUGGAGAAGCUGACUGUGUACAUACCAGAGAUGGUAAUAAGUGAAAAUGAGACAUCCCUAUUCUGCUACAAAUGCUCAGAAAAUUUCAGAAUAUUUUCUGAGCUUUUAAAUGAUUCCAAUAAGACAGAAAGUAUAAUCAGUAAUUAUUGCAUUGAAAAUGAAGUGUUGCAUGCUGAUGAAUUGAGUUUGGACGUUUUGUUGGGGAAAAAAGUUGAAGAUACUCAACGUUUGACUGAAGAUACGAACAUUAUGAAACUUUUAGACGGCAACCAACAAUUGCUGUUAGAUCUGGAAAACGAUUUCGAGUCUACUUACCUCAAUGACAGCACGGAAGACUCCAAGAAGAGAAUAAUCAAGAAAAUUAUUGAAGAGGAUGUUGAUUUGUUUUAUAAAGAAAUUCCAGAUUUUGACUUGCAUGAUUCAUUUUCAGAGGAGAGUGGAGUGGACAGUGACUAUGGGAACAUUUUCUUCAGACCACAGCAGAGGCAGCUGUUGCUAUCUGAUUCUGAAGAGGAGAUUCAACAGAAACGGAUCAGGGAGAGCAUAGAAGAGGAGGAAAUUUCAUUGAGGUCAUCUUUUGAAACUGAAGAAUCUUCUCUGUCUCCUGAUACCCUAAGCGAUAGGCAUUUCUAUGAGUGUGAGAGUCAGGACGAAGGAAAAAAGGAUGAGAGGGAAGUAACCAGUCCGAAUCCGUUCAUCUUCUUCAAUGAAUACUCCCGCAAUGACAGUCAAUGCUCUUGUGACGACAAUACCAUCGAAACGACGCCCCAAUCGACGACCAAGAGAAAAUGGUGCGAAAAGUGCAAAUCUAAGACAACCAGUGGCGGCGGUGAUUCGACGCCCGAUGACGACGAUGAUGAAGAUGUCGCGACGAAGAGACCAAAGAAGGAUGGCAAGAAAAAGUGCAGGAAAAUGUACGGGAUCGAGUUCAAGGAUUUAUGGUGUACAAGAUGCAGAUGGAAAAAGGCUUGUAGUAGAUUCGGCAAUACAAAGGCUGUGAGUAGACGAUAGGAUAGCUGGAUAAUUAUCCUUGGCGUGAGAUUUGAACCUGUGAUUAUUCAGUGACAUUUCAAAGUUGCAUACUUUCUUUCGCUUAAGGUUUUUUGUUUGUUUUUUUUUAUGAGGGGAGAAAGCAGGGUUCUUGAUUUUGAAGGUCAGUAUGAGUGAUAAGAAACACAUUUAAAAAAAAGAGAGGGAUGUUGGAAAUUUUAUAUUUUGAGAAAUUAUUUAGUUUUUGGAAAAAUAUUCGAGUCUUCAGAGUUAAUGCAUUUUUUUGUAUUUUUUAAUACAAUGGAAAAAUUGAAUUUUCACCAAUAUUUACCAUAAGAAAUAAGAUUUUUUUUUAAAUAUAACGAAAAGAUGACGUUUUAUAUUGAGUUGAGGUCUAAAAAUGCAUUUAAAAAUAAAUUAGAAAGAUAUAAUAUGUAUUAGUGUUAACUACAUGUAUACUUUGCGGGGCGGUGGACGUGUUAAACCUUUUAGUAUGGACGGCAAAUUUGAAUCAUAUCGUUUUUUUUUUUACUUAAAUUGCCUGCCUGGAUUAACGUUUAAGUAUGAUUUUUCGACGAAUUAUGCUCCCUUUUGAUCGACACUGCGUAACAAACGAUUUGAAGUACGUUUGCAAACUUUUUGACUUUUAAAAGCUUGUAAAAUGACAUUUGAUGUAUACCCUAAACUUCAAAUAAUCGUUUGACAUGUGAUGUUCGUAUCUAUAUUUUUUUAACAUUUGACGUACGUUUCAAAGGCUUUUAUUUGACAUUUGCUUAAUCUAAAGAUUAACUUCAUAUUUUUCUUUUUGAUAAUUUUACCGCCCCGUCGAAAAUCGGUUACUUACCACCGUUACUUGUUUUGAAAGAAAAAGUAUUGGGUGAACGUGAUUAAAUUGAGUAUUACGGAAAUUUUCACGAAAAAUGAUUAACUCACUUUGAGCUGUUGCCAAAUCGUGUUUCUUGUACGUCGUUUCAAGGAAAUACUGAAGUUUUAAACAUUUUUCGUAAAAAUUUGCUACCAUUAUUUUCGCGUAUUCCAAGUAUUGGCUAAGGAUUGUAAAUAUAGUUUUAAGGAAAAUUCGUGAAUGUAGUUCAAAAUAAUAUAUGGAUUGAAAAACAGUUUUAUUUUGGAAAAAAAAUUGGUAGCUGUAUAUUUUUUCUAAUUUAAGAGUUUUGAGGGUGAAAUUAGGAAGUUAGGUGGCAGUGGUGUUACCAGACUCUUAGAAUGCGAAACGUA